AUGGAGAAGCAGCUCUCACCCCCGCUCCUCAUCGAGCCCCUCGGCCCACCCACCAAGAUCUCCGCCCGCCAGACCUUCACCCACCUCUCCACUUUUGUCGAGCACCUCCCUCCCUCGCCGCAACGUACGCAGCUCGAGCGGCUGGCCGACGCGCUCGGCGUCCAAGUUGGCGCAAUUGCCCCAUCUGAGGGAGAGGCGAGGGAGAAGAAGCGUGAGGCAGAGCGUGCUGCAGCGCGUGCCGAACGCCGGCGAACCCGCGAGGCUGCGCGGGCUGCUGAGGAGGAGGCCGAGGCCAAGGAUGACAAGGACGCGCUUGAGGCCGCUAUUGAGGGUGAGGCGGAGGCUGAGGCUGAAGACGAGGAAGAGGAGAUGGGCCAGAACUUGGGCGACGGGCCGAUUAUGGACGACCGUGGGGACUUUGAGUAUGGCGAUGUGCCCGAGGACGACGAGGACGAGCCGGACAACGAGCAGGUCGCUAUGGAGGAGGACUAG